AUGGAAGCGAAAACAACAGAGUCUCCUCAGCAUGAUCAGACACUGGUUUGUAGCCAAGAAUGGCUUUCAUCCCUGCCAAAAGCCAAAGGCGUAACUGAAGACUACACUUAUCAAUACCAAGGAUUCUGGUUUGGUUGCCUCCCCAAGUCCAUAACGGAGGAGGAUGGAUCAGCUAACAUCAAGAUUGUGUAUUUCUGCAGGGACAUCAAGGACACUUCUACUUCACUCUUUCACUUCGCCAACAAUAUUGGUUUACGAUCUUCUCCUGUUUCUUUGGAGGAGGCAUUUCAUUUCUUCUGCCAAGGCACAAACGUGGCGGGUCCUAUAUGGGAUCAAAUCUUGGAAUAUUGGAAGGAAAGCCUAGAAAGACCAAACAAGGUGCUGUUUAUGAGGUAUGAAGAGUUAAAGUCUGAGCCUCAUGCUCAACUCAGGCGUCUGGCUCAGUUUCUGGGGAGGCCCUUCUCACCGGAGGAGGAGAAUAUGGAAAUGGUUGAUCAGAUCACGAGUUUGUGUAGUUUUGGUAGCAUGAGCAAACUGCAGGUUAAUAGCACUGGAAAUUUGUUGCCUGGAGUAAGCAAUUCUUCCUUCUUUCGGAAUGGUCAAGUUGGAGAGGGAAACAAGUGUCUCUUUGCACACAAAUACAAAUACUCUCUUUGCAAUUGA